CGGUUGCGGUGACGUGUAUAGAUAGUCAAAACGCUGCGUAUAGCUGUGUGGCCAACUUGCUAUUGCCACAGUCGCUCCCAAAUAAUGUCAAGAAAUACACGAUUGUUAUGUGAAUAAAUCGAACUAGUGCUGUUUACAAAGCUCAACAGACAGUUAUUUAGUGUCGGAACAUUCAUAGUAUUACGAAUAAACAGUUAUCACCUUAAAAAUCAAAAUGGUGCUUAUGACGAUGAUUGCGCGAGUUGUCGACGGCCUGCCGCUCGCCGCAACCAUGCAGGACGACGAACAGAGCGGCUGCAAUAUCUUGGAGUACCAAAAUCAGGCGAAAAUGCUGUUCAGGAAGCUAGGACCGCAGUCUCCGCUACGCUGUUCGAUUGAAUCCGGACCAUUCCUGUUCCACUAUCUGAUUGAGAACGAGAUCUGUUACCUGGUGCUGUGCGAGAGGAACUACAACAAACGGCUAGCGUUCAGCUACCUCGAGGAGAUCGCGCAGGAGUUCUACCAGCAAUACGGCAAGCGGGUGAACACGGUGACUCGGCCUUACACGUUCAUUGAGUUCGAUACGUGGAUGCAGCGAGCAAGGCGCCAGUACAGCGAGGGCGGGACGCGCGCGCGCCGCACGGGCGCCGCGGCCGCUCUCGGCGGGCAGCUCGGCGACGUGCAACGCAUCAUGAUGCAGAACAUUGACGACGUGUUGCAGCGAGGCGCAGUGCUGUCCGAGCUCGACACAAAAACGCAGUCCCUCUCCAUGAUGUCGCAAAAGUACAAGAAGGACGCCGCGUACCUAAACACCAAGUCCAUGCUCAUCAAAGUGACAGCUGGCGCCGUCAUAUUGCUGGUGUUCGUGCUGUACUUCUGGAUCCUGUAAACCUAGUACUUCUGUCAAGUUAGAGCGGCCAUUUUAUUGUUUUGGCGGACAUUUUGAAUAGGAAACUUUGGAAAAAAACUAAAUAACUUUAUAUGGAACAUUUAAAACGGGCGGUAUUUACAAUAUUUACUUAAACACCAAGCUCAUGCUCAUAUUGCUCAUCAAAGUAACAGCUGGCGCCGUCAUAUAGCUGGUUUUCGUGAUGUACUUCUGGAUCCUGUAAACCUGGUACUUCUGUCAAAUUAGGGCGGCCAUAUUGUUGUUUUGGCGGACAUUUUGAAUAGUGAUCUCUGGAAAAAGGCGCUUUUGUAUUACAUAACUUUAUAUGGAACAUAUAAGACGAAAAGUAUUUACACUAUUUACUACACACACACCAAGUCCAACCAAGAUACCAAGUCCGUGUUCCUCAAGGUAUAUGUCAAGAUGGGCAGCUAUCUUGUUGUUUUGGCGGACAUUUUUUAAUAAACUUUAAAAUAGAGGGCGCUGUUGGAUUUUGUGGUUGCAACUCGCGGCGUAUUAUUUUACAAGUAAGAAAUAUUCGAUGUGUUAUGAAAUAAAAAUGAUAUUACAUACAUUUACUCAAUACGUAUGUUUGUAACUAAGAAUUUAUAAGUAUACAUGUGGCUUUCCAUCAGAGAAGGGUGCACCCUUUUAGAUCUUCUUGAAUCAGACCUUUUGAAUAGAACUUUAAUUAAUUGUAACCUUUAUUUCAAUAAAGUCAACGUAUUUUGAAAUAAAGUGUUUAUUACAUUUUCUAAAUGACUACCAAAAUAUCAAAAUGGCCGUGUAAUUAAGUGUCUAAUAUCAAACCCUCCCUAUUGAACUCCAACCCACAAAUACAAUGCGUAAUGUGUGUUUACAAUAUCGAUAUACAUAUGUAUAUCUAUUCGAUACCGUACAACCGUAGGAACGAAAUUAUAUAUCGUCUAAAAUAUUAUGGGAAUGAUUAUAAUAAACAAUAUUCUUGGCCGGUAUUAAAUAGUGUCAACUGCAAUCUACUUGUUAGUAGCCCCUUUUUUAGCCCUACAAAUUCAUGUACGUUUCGUACUUCGCUCUGAAAUCCAUGAUAUGAUUUCUUUAUUGUAUUCUUCAGAUUUUUGUCGUAAAAAACCGAUUUUCAUACAAAUUGGUAUCGCACGCCAACAUAUUUGAGAGAAAUGAGACUUGCGUGUAUUAGAAUUAAGUUCAUUUCCAUGUUGUUUUUGCGCGAGGCCCGAUCGGGGGUAUCUGAGUGCAGCGAGGGCCUACAAAGCA